AUGCUUUGUUGUUAUCAAUACACUUUUAAAAAAAUUAAUAGUGUACUAUUAAAAUUUAAAAAAUCAUCAUUAAAAUUGUCUUGUAGUAAAAUAUCAAAUGGUUUGUUUUUAUCAAAUAAAGGAUCUAUAAACUCGCGGAAUAAAAUAUUAGAAAUGACAUCUUUAGACGAAUUCCAUCCUACAUUCGAUAAAGUUUCCGAUAAAGUGGAUUUCCCUAAAGAGGAGGAAAAAAUACUUAAAUAUUGGGACGAUAUAGAUGUGUUCAAUACUUGUAUGAAGCUAUCCGAAGGGUCUCCAUCAUUCAUCUUUUAUGAUGGACCUCCUUUCGCCACAGGGCUGCCUCAUUAUGGACAUAUACUUGCCGGUUCUAUAAAGGACGUUGUAACGAGAUACGCGUACCAAACGGGACAUCACGUAGAAAGGAGAUUCGGCUGGGAUUGCCACGGACUCCCAAUAGAACACGAAAUAGAUAACAUGUACAAUAUCAAACAUUCGUCCGACGUCUACAAAUUAGGAAUAGAUGUUUAUAACGAAAAGUGCAGGUCAAUAGUAAUGAAGUACUCUAACGAGUGGAAGUAUAUAGUAUCGAGAACAGGAAGGUGGAUAGACUUCGAAAAUGAUUACAAAACACUAAACACACCCUAUAUGGAAACACUCUGGUGGAUAUUCAAACAACUUUAUCAAAAGAAUCUCGUCUACAGAGGAUUCAAUGUCAUGCCAUACUCACUUUCUUGUAACACGCCUGUAUCUAACUUCGAGUCUAACCUAAAUUAUAAAAUGGUGACGGACCCGUCGUUGUUUGUUUCAUUCAAGUGUUUGGAUGAAGAUCUAGAGUUUGUUGCAUGGACAACAACACCAUGGACACUGCCCUCAAACAUGGCAGUGUGUGUAAACGCAGACUUCAACUACGUCAAGGUCAAAUAUAAGAAAAAUGAUAAAAUAUAUGUGGUGGCAGAAUGUAGGCUAGAGUAUUUCUGUAACGCACUUGGAACGAACCUUGAAGAAGGCUUCGAAAAGCUAGGGUGUAUGUUUGGUAGAGAUCUAGUAGGAAAGAAGUAUGAGCCGCUCUUCGACUUCUUCGCAAAUCACCCAAAUUUCUCAGAAGAAUUGAUGUCAAGAGCAUACGUAGUAGUAUCAGAUAAAAUGGUAACAUCAGAGAGUGGUACAGGCAUAGUUCACUGUGCUCCAUACUAUGGUGAAGACGAUUACAGAGUCUGCAUGAACUAUAAAAUAUUUGACGGACCGCUUCCAGAACUGAUCAACGAGUCUGGAAUAUUUGUUGGCUCAACGGGAGACUUGGCCGGUUUGUACAUUAAGGACGCAGAUAACGUAAUCAAAAAAAUCCUUAAGGGCAAAGGCCAGCUAGUGCACUCUGGAACAAUUGUUCACUCAUACCCGUUCUGCUGGAGGAGUGAUACGCCACUGAUCUACAAAGCGGUUAACUGUUGGUUCAUCAAAGUUUCAGACUUUAGAGAGGACAUUCUAAACUCUAGUAUGCAGACGAACUGGACACCAAAGUUCGUUAGAGACAAGAGGUUCCAUAACUGGGUCUCUGAAGCCAGAGACUGGUGCAUUAGCAGAAACCGCUUUUGGGGAACACCAAUACCACUGUGGACGAGUGAAGACUACACACAAAUUGUCUGCAUAGGAAGUAUAGAAGAGUUGGAAAAUUAUACAGGAGAAAAGAUUAAUGACCUACACCGUCACAACGUCGAUCACCUCUUGAUACCUGAUCCAAGAGGACCAGAGUAUCCUCCACUAAGGAGGAUACCAGAGAUAUUCGACUGCUGGUAUGAAAGUGGAUCCAUGCCUCUGGCAAAGAUACACUACCCUUUCGAGAAUAAGGACUCAUUGGACCAGCACUUCCCAGCUAAUUUCAUAGCUGAAGGCCUGGACCAAACUAGAGGAUGGUUCUACACGUUGAUGGUACUAUCAACACUCCUGUUCAACAAGUCUCCAUUCAAAAAUGUAAUAGUCAACGGUCUGAUAUUGGCAAGUGAUGGUAAAAAAAUGUCAAAGAGACUUAAAAACUACCCAGACCCACUUGAUAUUAUAAAUCAGUUUGGAGCAGACUCCCUGAGGUUGUUUCUAAUCUCAUCUCCAGCAGUGAAGGCAGAACCAGUAAGGUUCUCGACAGAUUCAGUAAGAAACGUUUUGAAGGAUGUGAUUUUGCCAUGGUUCCACUCAUACAGGUUCCUAGUUCAGGAGGUCACCAGGUAUGAAGUAACACAUAAAAUAAAGUUCGUGCCUGAUCCAGAAGCACCGUUUAAGUCUAGUUGUGUCAUGGAUAGAUGGAUAUACACAAUUACACAGGAACUCAUCUAUUCAGUUCAUCAUGAAAUGGAAAAUUAUAAACUCUACAAUGUCAUGCCUAAGUUGCUUUCAUUCCUGGAACAACUUACGAACUGGUACAUAAGAAUAAACCGUGAGAGGAUGAGAGGAACCUUUGGAGAUGAGGAAUGUGUAGUCUCCUUGCAAUCGCUGUUUACAUCACUCAAAACAUUUAAUCACCUAAUGAGCAUGUUUGCACCUUUCACAUCAGAGAUGAUAUACCUUAACCUCAGAAGGUUUUCCGGUGGAAUGGAAAGUAUUCAUUAUGAAAAGCUACCAAAGCCAAAUAUGAGUUUUGACAAGGAACUCAUGAGAAGGAUCGAAGUCAUGCAGAGCAUUAUACUACUCUCCAGAACAAUCAGGGAGCGGAAAAAAAUAUCACUCAAGUUUCCUCUCAGGAAACUGACUGUAAUUCACCAAGAUACAGACCUCCUCUCUUCAAUGGAGGAGCUCCUUCAGCUAAUUAAGGAUGAAAUCAAUGUUUUGGAUGUUGAGUUGUCCAGUGACACUUCACUGAUAACUCUCAAUGCCAUCCCCAACUUUAGGAUUUUGGGCGCUAGAGUUGGAAAGGAUAUGAAACAUGUGUCUGAUGCAGUCCGAAAUCUGGACGAGUCUAAGAUUAAAUUGUUGGAGAGAGAGCCACUGUUGCUCCUGGGUCACUCCAUCUCAAUUGAUGAUGUCGUUAUUACUAGAAAAAUCAAUCCAGAAAAGUUGGAUAAUAAGAAUUUCGACGCCGAGUCCGACAACAACCUCACUGUAAUUCUAGAUUUGACAAAGGACGACACAUUGGAAUACAAGGCCUUGACUAGAGAAGUUGCUAACAGGGUACAAAAGAUGCGGAAGGAGCUCGGGCUAUCAAUUGAUGACGACAUAACUGUGUACAUAUAUACAGACGACCUUGAGCUCUUCAGUAUGCUCGAGGGCCAAACUGAAACCCUCAAAAAAAUAUUAAAAAAGAAUGCAGUUGUCACAAAUAAUGUAAAUAUAUCUAAUAAGUUUCAUUCAGAGGAAUUCUCAAUCCGGAACUGUAAAGUAGAAGUUGUUAUUGUCAAAAAUUAA